UCUUCAGGCGGCCAAGCCGACUUCCUGACGCUCUCUUACGAAGGAGCAGGUCCCUUCCGUGUGCGCGUCACAGCCGAAACAGGGGAGGAAGUAACAAGCGAACCGGUGGCUGUGGAGGCCACCGAAGAUGAGCUGGCUGCGCAGCAGGCGCUGGGUGACCAGUUUGCUUUGGAAGAUUUCCUGCACUUGAUCGAGUCAAUCCUGGAGCAAGAAGGUUCAACCACUCUGGAAGCGGCCGAAGUCAAUGACUGGCUGCUGUUGGGCGGCAAGCCAGCUGCCGAGCUGGCCGCUAAAGCCAACCCACAGGCCGUGACGCACGUGCUGAACUGCUGCGAACCCUGGUUUGUAGAAGGCGAAAAUAGCAGGAACCUCUCCUACUCUGGGAUCGAAGCUUAUGACGAGCCGGGAUACAGGCUCCUUGACGAGCACUAUGCCACAGUCAUUCGGCCAACGCUGGACAGUGCUCGCGGUUCUGGCGGACGCUGCCUUGUCCACUGCGCCAUGGGCGUGAAUCGCUCGGCUUUGGUUUGUGCAGCGUAUCUCAUCGAUGCUAUUGGCAUGGACUUGCUGCCUGCGCUGAUGUUGUUGAAGCAAAAACGAGGACAUGUUCUCGGGAAUCGGAGCUUUCAGCUCCAGUUGAUAGAGUUCGCAGCAAAGCGUGACCGUUUGGGCAAGAUGGAAAACAGCAGCCAGCAGUCUUGCGGGUACCAUGCGCGGGUCUUGCUCACCAUGUGGUUCAAGAAGGAUGCUCAGGCGGAGGGUGGAGACGGUGGUGUUAAAGCCUUGCGCCUGCUCUUUCGACUGGGCAGGCAAGCCGCUUUCCAAGGGCUCUUGCAAAUGCUCUCUGACUUGGUGGUGAUGCUCCUGGAAGAAGCGCCGGUGCUAGGACAGAGGAUGGAGCUGGAGAUUUUGGGCAUUCUCGGGGCUCGGAAAGAGGUGCCGGCGAGGGACAUCUACCAGCCGCUGUUUCCUUUGAUGAGCCGCAAUCCACAGCUCUUUGAGGACUCCCUCAAGGCAGUCGCACGGAGGACACGAGCCGCCUCGCCCGAUGCACUUCUGCUUGCUCCCAUCCCGGAGGCAGAGCGACCACGAGGGCCCAAGAAAUCACUUCUUCCGGCCUCGGCGCUCCUCGUCCUUCAGACGCUGGUCAACGAAAUUUGCUUCGGCGUGGAUGUCCAGUUCAGGACAACCUUCCCGAAGCUUCACGAAGUGGCAUCGAAGACAUUGGAGCAGGCUAAGGACUGCCACGGGCUUCUGGAUCAGGAGGCUCCGAAUUCGAGCUCGGGCAGCCUUCCUCCCGCCUACCCGCUGGCGCUCGGCCCCGGCCUCGAUGCUUUCAAGCAGUUUUCACUCAAAGGGUCUCAGGCCUGA